UCCUAUUAAAUUCCGGCUGCAACCUGCUGGUUCCUGCUGCUGAACUUGACCCCAUUGGUAGUUAAUAAGUAAGCUCCCACAGAGUGGCUGAAGAUGCCCACAGGAGCGUUGGCCUCUGCUGCUGGGUCACACAAAUGAUCUGUUUCACCGACUUCCAAGUGCCACAGAUGGCUCCUCUGAACCGAGUAGAGGAGUUAAAUGCUGAGUUCAUUUAAUGCAAACUGGAACAAAAUCAAAAGCUAUAUCCAAAGUGGCUCAGGCGAACUUUUAAGCAGGCGCCGUAUCUGGACACAUUCCAGCUGGUGAGAGGGCAAAAGUUCUGAAGAAGUUACUGACGGGAUUGUUUUCGCUGUCUGAAAUGGACCCGGAACACGGAGGUUCUGGGGAUCAGCUCCGCCAUCUGGACGUUGCCGUUGACGAGCGUGAACCCCGGAGAGGAAUCUUGGACCUUCUGAGCAAACUCCGUCCUGAGUGGAAGACACAGCACAUUCAGAUGAAGAAAUUUACAGAAGGCAUUACCAACCAGCUGAUUGGCUGCUACGUGGGCUCUCUCCAGGAGCCCGGUUGUGUUCUGGUGCGACUUUACGGCAGAAUGACGGAGCUCUACGUGAAUCGCGAUCGAGAGGUGGAGAUGUUCCAGGUCUUCAACGCGCAUGGCUGCGGGCCCGAGAUAUACUGCAGCUUCCAGAACGGCAUCUGUUACGAGUUUGUCCGAGGAAAUGUGCUGGAGGACGAGCUGCUGCGACAGCCGUCCAUCUACAGAUUGAUUGCAGCCGAGAUGGGAAAAAUCCACUCGAUCCAGCCAAAACGUGGCCAGACGACAGAGCCUCAGCUCUGGGCGAAGAUGUCUCAUUUUCUGACUCUGGUGAAGAGCAGCAUCACCAGGAAUCCAGCUGAGCAGGCAUGCACUAAAAGCUCCUUGCCUCUUCGAGACGUGCCGAGCUACGAGGUCCUGUUGGAGGAGAUGGAGUCGCUGAAGAGACACCUCUCCCAGACGGACUCGCCCACCGUCCUCUGCCACAACGACCUUCUCACAAAAAACAUCAUCUACAACUGUCAAGAAGGGUCGGUGAAAUUCAUCGACUACGAGUACGCUGACUACAACUACCAGGCCUUCGACAUCGGGAAUCACUUCAACGAGUUUGCUGGUGUGACUGACGUCGACUACAGCCUGUAUCCGAGCCAGGAGCUGCAGAGGGACUGGCUGACCGCCUACCUGGAGAGCUACAAGCGCAGCACGGGCCUCAACGUCACGGUUACGGACGAAGAAGUCACGAAGCUCUACGUCGAAGUCUGCAAAUUCUCUCUUGCAUCCAACUUCUUCUGGGGUCUCUGGGCCAUCCUGCAGUCCCGAUUCUCCUCUAUCGACUUUGACUUCCAAAGGUACGCCAUCGCUCGACUCAGCUACUACUUUGAGAAGAAAGAAGAAUACUUCGAAUUGACGCUGAGCCAGUUAACCAACUAGACUAUUGAAUUAAACCUCAAAGCGACUUCCCUCAUCCGCUGUCAUUUUUAUCUUUCAUUUAAUUUUUUACAGGCUACGACACUCAAAAAAGCCGUUGCUGAAACGUAAACGUAAGGAGCCAGCCUGUAAAAGUGUUUCCUUUUGUUUGUUAUUUCAGUCCAUGGGGAGAUUUAAUGUGUUUUGCUAUCGCCGUGAUUUAUUGAAUAUUUAUUUUACCACAGUCACUAUGCCGAUAAGCCUGUUUGGCAAAUUGAAACAAAGCUCAUGCCAGAAAAGCAUUAAUUGUUCCCACAGCCAAGUUGCAUGAAGCCACAAAAACUGAGCCUGAUCAUAAAAGCCAUAAGAGGGUUAUUUGUGGGCUUAUUGAGCAUGUACCACAGUCCUGAUGGAAAACAAGUUUUCAUGUCAGCUUAGUCAAAGUUGGAAGUUAUUGGGAAAUCUUUCCGUUUCCUCAGAGCACGCUGUAAAGCAGCUGUCGGCACCUUUUCCAGAGUUUCCCAGCAUUAGGUGGCGCAGCACUAACUUUGAAAUGAGUAGAGCAUUGUUAAAGCGUUCAAAUUUUCUUAACUCCCAGCUUAACUUGCUGCAGCAUAACAAGCUGCUAAUUUACCAGAAGGUAAACAAAUGGGAUACGAGCUGAGCGCUUGAAAUUCUUGUGAAACACCGAACGACACGGCAGCACAAGUCAUUUGAGGUAGUUGCAUCUUUGACGGUUUUUUUAUUUUAUUUUUUAUAGCCACUUCGAGAAGAGAAAGUCACCGUGGUUGAGCUGAUCCCUGUUUGCUGACAAGUUGGUAUUCACACCACGAAAACUAUAGCUUUCAAGAACUAGAUUGAUGCUACAAUUAUAGUCUUUUUUUUUUCUAUGUCAGAAAAUGCUUAUCAUUAUAUCGAGUGCCAGAAAAUUAGCCCUAAAACAUUGUUUUUAUUGUUAUGCUGUUAUGACUCGCUCUGCAUUUAGAAAAAACUGGGCAGCAGAGCAUGAACCGGCUUGAGUCGUGAGUCAUUCGGAUAAAUCACAGUUGAUUUAUCCGAAUGUCUAACAUUCUCCAUUUAUUACAAAGAGCAACUUAGGGAGGAUUCAAAUAUAUUUAUGCUAGGAAAAGUAAUUAAAGAAAAAGUUAGCUAAAGUUGCAGAAAUCUGUGUGUACUGCUUGCAAAUGACAUUUUUUUUUGUAUUGUUUUCUUUCUCUGGUUUAUGUUUUUGCUAGCAAUACAAUGUGAUGCUAAAGUAAUUCUGCUGUUCUAAAAGCCGUUCUAAAAGUUGAUCAUCCCUGUUUAAAUGUCUUGGUUUUAUUAUUUUGUUUCAAAAUGUUUUCCACCUGUAGCGUGAUCUUUAUUUAGAACAAUGCAAUUUUAAAAAUAAGCCUCGGGAUUUUAUUUUUUCUAAAGGGUAAUUUGGUACCAGUCGUCUUCGGGAGGCUCCUGUCAGCUUGUCAUCUGGACUUGGUUAUAUUUGGUUAAUGUACCUUCCAAACGUCCUCCACAUCUUCCAUAUUGUGAGGACGUCUCUUGUCCGUAACUCUUGUCUGACGACUCAACAAAUUUCACAUUUUAAUUUCACUUUUAUGAAAUCAGUCAUUUGUCCAUUUGGAUCUGCGAUUGGGUUCGCUGGUUGCAUUUCAUAAUUUGACGUUUCGAACAUCAAUUUGCUUAACGGAAAUACUUUUCGAUAAAAUGUUUUGGCGCUAGGUUGAGGUUUUAUUUCUUUAUUUUUUGGCCAUAUUCAUAUCUGCUAAUUUCGCAAAACUGCAACGGAAACACUUUUUUUUCCCGCACAAGUCACAGGACUAGACGUUGCCACUGGCGCAAACGACGGAGAAGAAGCUAACAGGAAGUGGUUGGAGGAGGAUUGCGAGUAAUUUUAAUUAUGUAUCUUAUUUAAUGGAAGCAUGUUGGAUUUUAUGCGACAUUGGAGGAACAUCGACAAAGAUCACGUUUGUAAUGGAAAUGCAGCUACUGUGAACUUCGUCUUCACCUCUUCCACAGGAACUUUGACUGUUUUGGGUUAAGAUUAGUUUGCAUUUACAAUUGCUCAUAUGUUCAUCCACAAGGAAAACACGAAGAAACCACAAAGACCGGGGUCAUCCUCUCUCAAACUAACAGAUAUUGUGGUUAGAUAACUACAAGUUAAACAUAAUAACAUAAGUAAACAUAAAUGAGCAACGUGAUUAAUAGGCUCAACACAGCCCACUUAGAGUUUCUUCCUCUGUUAAUUUAUGGCCCCAAGAGCUUCAGAAAUGAAAAGCUGUGUUUUUGCCUGUGUUGAAAAGAGGCUUCCAGUGAUCAAAGGUGCUGCAGUCGUAUCUCAUGUGGUUGGUGUGGCCGCCGCAGCCACAGAUCCUCCCCCAGGCAGAAACGACGGGGACACGUUCACAGGUGAAGCAUGACCUUGUCUGCUAUUAACGUUUUAGACACUUUAUUUUUCCAGGAGUGGAAAUGUUUACAUUUAAGUAAUGAUUUAAUUUACAGAGCACGACCUGACAUUUAUGGAGAAAGAGGUCACAAAACGUUGGAAAAUUAUACUAAAAACAAACCCGUGAAGCACUCUGGAGCUCCGUCCUAAUAGAAAAUGGAAACAUGAGUAACAUAAUCGAAAAAUAUGUAAACAGGAGUGGUUAAAACAUAUCUUUUUUUAAAUAUAUCUUUAAACCAUUUAAAUGCAGAGCUGUACUUACUAUUACUUAUUUGUUAAAUGUGGCAGUAAUCAGAGUACAUCAUAAACUCUGUAAAACUCCAUUCAGCUUAUUUAUGUAGCGCCAAAUCACAAAAAAGGUCAAAAUACAUUACAAGGCAAGCAGAUCAAACUGACAUAUAUGUAUUUAGCCAGUUCAGUCCCAGACAGAUCAAAUUUAAACUACUCCAGCUAUCUAUGAUGCAGUGCAUCAUAGAUAGCUGAUCUAUGCUAUCUAUGAUGCAUAUGCUAGUUUAGCAUACUAGUCAAAAGUAUGCUAAACUUUUGACUAGUUUAGCAUACAAACUAGUCAAAAUGGGGAAGCCUCAGCCAAUCGGAUUAAAUUGCUAACAUCGAGUAUGCAUGUGGUGAAAGUAGCUGCGUUUCCAUUGCAGAUGUGCGCAAAACUUCGUCAAGAUUCCACGAAGGGUCGAAAAUAACAACACAAUUUCUCAAUUGGAAUGUUUCCAGGAAGUACCAAGUCAUCGCUCAUCCUUCACAUGGUCAGACUGAGAUCCCUCAUUCAUCCCUGCAGCUGAUUGGCCAUUGAACCCCUAUUCUGCUUCACGAAGACCUCUACGUACCAUUCUUGAAAUCUUGAGUCAUUGUAGCCAGUGACUCCGCAGACAGAUGCUGACUUCUGCAUACUUGUGUUCAUGAGCUGUCCCCCAACAGACCUACACUCACCUCAAUUAAGGCCACUGAGCAAAGUGAAGAUGAUUUUCUGAGGUUUAAAACAAGCAUUGGAAUGGGGAUGAUGGGGAUUUCAGGGACCGUUUGUGGCAUUGGAGUUGGUGCCAGAAAGGCUAGGUCUGAGUAACAAACUGCUGAUCUACUGGGAUUUUCACCACAGUCAUCUCUACGUAGUUUACAGAGAAGGGUCCAAAAUAUUGAAAAUACCCAAUCAGCUGCUGUUGGGCAUCAAGAAGAAGACAAACAGUGGCUUGAUGACCAUUACAAUCAAGAAUACAAUCUCUGGAUACACGACAGGAUAAACCCUGAAGUAGACGGGCUACAGCAGCAGAAUACCUCACUGGUUGCCAUUAGCAGUCGGAAGCAAAUUGGGAAAAACGUAAUCUGCCUGAGUCUGCAUCUCAGCUGCAGUAUUCUGAUGACAGGGUAAGAAUUUGACAGAAAACACACCAAAGCAUGGAUCCGUCCUGCUUUGUAUCAACAGUUUAGGGUGGUGGUAGUGGUGUGAAGGUGUAGGGGGAUUUCCUUAGCACCCUUUGGCCCAGUUAUGCCUGAAACUUUCAAAAACUCCAGGACUACAAUAUGGUCAGAGGAAGCUGAGUCAUAGCUGCUGAGUGUUGACUAGUGAACAGUUCCUUUGAACGGUAGGAAUCGCUCCAGCUAGUCAGAACUGUUCCUUGGGUUUUUUAAAUAACUUUACUUGGUAAACUUUACUGCUUUCAGGUCAGCAGCUAUUGUUAUUUUUAUUUAAUUAAAAAAAAUUUAAUAAAUAAAUACAAUUAUAGAAAUGGAUUAAUUAUUUUUAACAAUGUAGAAGAUGAUUUUCUUGUUUGUAUUAAAAGCAACUCAAGCCUAUUUUCCUUUAAUUGUGCUUCUAAAUCACAAAUGGCCUUAAAUGUUAUUACUGCACAAAACACUUGAGAACAACUUCUUUGUUUUAUUAUUUCUUUGAGUUUGACAUUAUAGGAAAUCUUAGAAUCUGUAAAUAACUCAAAAUGCCAAAGUAGACCAGUUCAUGGCUUUCUCGUUUUUUUUAGAAUGAACAAAGAAAACAACAAUACGUGAGUUAAGAGACCGAUAUUUUCAUUUCGGUUUGUAUCAUAUAUAUAUAGUGUAACGAUUCUGUGUUUUAGCUCUGCUGGGGUCCAUACGGUUAUUUGUAUUUGCUAUAAGUUGCAAUGUGAUCCUUUUUGUUAUAUGUAGUGUUAUGGGCUUCCCCUGUCUGACUCUGCUGGCUCCCGCUCACAUGUGAUAGGCCCGUCAUGUGGGCGGGGGAUCGGUGGAGCGGGAGUACCAGGACCGGAAGUGGGGGAGAGUUCAGGGGAGAGUUAGCAGUGAAGCUAACAGUUGAGUUUGCCCGUUUGUUAGAGGCGUGAGCUGCAGCCUCAGAAAUAGCAGCUUGUAAUUAUUUCUAAUAAACCCUGUUGGCGGGACUACA